CGGGACAUGCGGCCAUGGGAUGUGGACACUCGGAUCGCAAGUCGUCGGACUCGCGGAGAACGGCGUCCGUGUCAUCGUCCCCGGAUCGCCGGGACGUGGACGAUGCGCGGUGCGGUGGCCGGGCCGCGCGUGGUGGCGACGACCGCCGCGCCGAAGACGCGUUCGCGCACUACAACAAUUACGGUGUCGAGGGAUUUCACGCCGGGUUUCCCGUCCACCGUAUCACCAAAGUCACGCAGGUUGAACAAGUGGAUGCUUGUGAAGAACCAAACAAUAAAAUAUUUAUACAUGAUGACUAUAACAGUUCUCAAGGGUUCCCAGAAGCAUUAACAAUUAAUGGUAGUUGGAUAUAUGGCCUAAAUGCAGGAGGAUCAAGGAAUAAUUUAGACAUGUUUGAAAUUAAUCCUCAAUAUUUGCUCAAAUUCCCAACAGGUAUUUUAGAAGAAAACUUGUUUGUUACAAUUAAAAUAAUAUUAAAAAUAAAACGACUACACAAAAAAAAUCCAUUACAUAUUGCAUUUUUUUUAUUCAAAAAUGAUUUUGAACAAAAAGAAACAUUAGGAGCUGAGUAUUUUUUAUGCACUGAACCAGAAGGUAGUUCAGGAUUAUACAAGGCAAAACAAGUGAUCUCAGAAACAUUUGUAGUGUCUACAUUACGUAGCUAUGUAAUAGUACCGGCUACUUUCAAACCAUUUCAACAAGGUGAAUUUGUGAUCAAAGUGUUAGUUGACCGAAAAAUUGACUCCGAAUUAAAAAAGCUGAUACCGCCAACAAGACCAUCUGUUGGAAAUAUUAAUAUACAAUAAUAAUCAUAUUUUACAGAAUACUGAAUUUAUAUCUUAUGUUAAUAAUUUAAUUUUUUUCGAGUGCAUUUAAUUGUUAAAUAGUUAAUAAGCAAAUUAAUGUAUUUUUCAUGCAAAUAUAAUAUCGU